UUUUGCAAAAAAUACCUGGCAUCCUUGGACAAGAUAGUUUUGUUGAUGUUCAAUUCGAUUUUAAGCACAAAUUUUCACCGAGCUGUUUCUUGGUAUAUAUGAUUCAGUUUUUUUUAUCUCUAACGCGACGUGGAUUCUACAUUUUCUAUCAGAAGUUAGACAAAUGCGUAUGUAAGUUUUACCUUAAAGGUAGAAUUUUAUUUUUAACUUCGAUUUUUGACUCGUUGAAAUGAAGCAAAAACAACAACAGGAAAGCGUCGACUUCAAAACACGGAUGGAGGAGGAUCGUAAACUACCACCGGCGUUAAAGAAACUGUUAGAGUGGGAUGUUGUGGUCACGAAACAGUUCGUAAGCUUUCUACUAAAUUUUGUUCCCUUUCGAUCAUUACGCACUCACUGCAAAGUUUUGGAGUACUCUUGCCAUGGAAUUGCGUGGUUGUCCGGCUGGCUCGCAUUUUGUUGGAUGAUAGAUAAAUCGGACUGGUAUCAGAUGCAAGUAAAUUUGUUUAUCGGUCUCCUUACUGAUAUAGUGACGGUGGCCGUCAUUAAAGCAGCUACAAGACGUCGCCGUCCAGCUGUUAACGAUGACCCGUUUUGCAUUGGACCGGAUAAAUUCAGCUUCCCAUCGGGACAUGUUUCCAGAGGUGUUUUCAUCGUAACAUUUCUAAUCUACUUAGACCCAGUAACCUUCAUUUUUUGGCCACCAUUACUAGCGUGGUGCGUUGCGUUGUGUCUUUCGCGUUUAUUGUUAUUCAGGCACCAUAUUCUUGAUGUUCUCGGCGGAAUCGUUGUAGGAUUAUUUAAUGCGUUCCUAAUUUCUCUAAUAUGGUUUGAUCAAGAGAGCUGUGUUUGGUUAAUAUCAUACAUGACCGAUGAAAAGAUUUCAGGGCCAGAGUAUGGAGUUUAAUAGGCUUAUAUUGAAAAGUCAUUUGCUUAGAACAUUAAAACUUUUGCUGUCAUCAGUUUUGUAGUUUGCCAAAAAAAAAAAAUAUGUUGAAAUUUUAGAA